UUUUUACGCCCACUACUCGCGUGAUGAGAAAAGUGAUGGCUUUUUUAAAAUAAAUAUUUUCAAAGUAUUUUGACAGCUCGAAAUAAUUUUUAAAUUUCAUAAACAUAAAGCAUAAAAUUUUAUAAAAAUAUAAUAAAUUUUACUUGGUCAUUCCAUUUGAAAUUAUUUAGAAAAAAACUCAGCGCAGGUGCUGAGAGGUUAAAAUUUUUAGUAUAUUUAUUAUAACUAUAAUUUAUCAGUACAUAAAUAUAUGGUAAUAAUGAUGGGAGACAUUAAUCUGGAUGCUGAUCGGUUGAUAGAUGAAGUAUACAAACGACCGGCAUUGUGGAAUAAUAAAGACCUUUUAUAUCACAGUCGCGAUUUGACAAAUCGUAUGUGGAUGGAGAUAUCGACUAUUUUUAAAUGUCCAAAACCAGUACUAAAAUCCAAGUGGAAGGGAUUGAGAGAUACAUUUCGUGGUGAAAUAAAAAAAGAACAGAAUCAUCGUCAAAGUAAAUAUACAAGAAGAAAUCGAUGGGUUCACUAUAAAAAGUUGCAGUUUUUAAAAGAACAAAUGCUGCCGAGACCGCCAAUUUGGGAACGUAGUGAUGAUAAAAAUGAUCGAUUACAAAGUAAUAAUAAUGACGAUGAUAAUAAUUUGAUAGAACAAAAAUUAAAUAACGGGCGUAAUAAUUCUGAAGUAAAUGAUGAAAAUAAUAGUAAUCAGCAGGAGAAAUUCAGCGGAGCGAUAAUUAAAAAUCAACUUAAAAAACCAGUUAAAUUAAAAUUAAUAACUGCGGCGCGAAGGAUUGAAAUGUCGAGUAAUGGCAAUAAAACGGCGAUACAUUCUCCCGUUAUUUAUAAACCGGAUAGUUUACAGGAAAAUGAAUUUCUUGAAGCGAUAUCGGUUAAAGAUGAACCUGUUGAUAGUAUUGAUAAUUGUAUGGGCUAUCAAGUUGAUAGUGAUAACAGUAAUGGAGCAGCAAAUGAAGAAGUUUGUAAUAGCGAUGAAUUAUCAAUGGAUCCGCUUGAUGAAAAUCGCUUAGAUGAUAAUUAUUAUUUUUUAAUGAGUCUUCUGCCUCACAUAAGAACAUUACCAGCUGAACGCGUCAUGUCAUUACGAAUGCAGAUGCAAGAACUCGUUUAUAAAGAAGUAUACAAGAAGAGUAUAAACCCAGAUAGUUAAUAUCUGUAAUAUAAUACACCAAAUAAUAAUAAUAUAUGUAAAUAAUA